UGGGCGGUACGAGAAGAAAUCACGAAAUCUCACGCCCUUUCUCUCUCCCCAAAAAAUAAAGCAGGUUUUCAAAACUCUCCCCCUUUCCGCUUUCUACUUUCUCCUUCCGCCUUACGAGUCAAAAGACUCAAAACUCGCGCAACGCUAGGGUUUCAGUACUCCCCUCUCUCGAUCUCUUCCGCACACAGUAGAACACGGUAGCUAACGCACAGUUGAUUUGAUUGGUCUCAAUUCUCAGCCGACGACAGUCCAUCUAUGGCUGAGGAACCAGUAAACGACGCCGUUGCUUCUCCGUCUCCGGCCAGUCAAUCCAAUAGUAGUGUUGUGCUGUUGGGGAGCUCGGUCAUUCCGAUCGUCAACAAGCUCCAGGACAUAUUCGCGCAGCUCUCCAGUCAGUCUACAAUUGAACUGCCGCAAGUGGCGGUCGUCGGCAGCCAGAGCAGUGGAAAAUCCAGUGUUCUGGAGGCACUAGUCGGAAGAGAUUUCUUGCCCAGAGGUUCGGAUAUUUGUACUCGACGACCUCUCGUUCUUCAGCUCGUGCAGACUAGACGAAAGCCUGAUGGCACCGAUGAAGAGUGGGGAGAGUUUUUGCAUCUUCCUGGAAAGAGAUUCUACAACUUCAAUGAAAUUAGGAAGGAGAUUGAGGCGGAGACAGUGAGAGAAGCAGGAUUAAAUAAAGGUGUUUCAGACAAGCAGAUUCGUCUAAAGAUUUUUUCACCAAACGUUCUUGAUAUUACCCUUGUGGAUUUGCCGGGUAUUACAAAGGUCCCUGUGGGUGAUCAGCCUUCUGAUAUUGAAGCACGUAUCAGAACAAUGAUAAUGUCUUAUAUCAAACGUCCUACCUGCCUAAUACUAGCUGUUACACCAGCGAAUGCUGACUUGGCAAAUUCAGAUGCUCUUCAAAUUGCUGGAGCUGCUGAUCCUGAUGGGCUGCGAACAAUUGGUGUGAUAACCAAGUUGGAUAUUAUGGACAGGGGUACUGAUGCCCGCAACUUUUUGCUUGGAAAAAUAAUUCCGCUUAAACUUGGCUAUCUUGGAGUUGUGAACCGUAGUCAAGAGGACAUAAUGAUGAAUCGGAGUAUUAAGGAUGCACUUAUCGCUGAGGAGAAAUUUUUCCGUAGUCGCCCAGUGUACAGUGACCUUGCCGAUCGCUGUGGCGUACCUCAGUUGGCAAAGAAGUUGAACCAGCUUUUGAUACAACAUAUCAAGGCUGUUCUUCCAGGAUUGAAGGCACGCAUCAAUUCUAGUCUGGUUAGUGUUGCAAAAGAACACGCUAGCUAUGGAGAAGUAACUGAAUCAAAGGCCGGUCAGGGGGCACUACUGCUUAAUAUUCUUUCGAAGUACUGUGAAGCUUAUUCUUCAAUGAUAGAGGGAAAGAAUGAAGAAAUGUCUACUUCUGAGCUCUCUGGAGGAGCAAGAAUCCAUUACAUCUUCCAGAACAUAUAUGUGAAGAGUUUGGAGGAAGUGGAUCCUUGUGAAGAUUUGACUGAUGAUGACAUUCGAACUGCCAUUCAAAAUGCAACUGGUCCUAAGUCUGCAUUAUUUGUACCAGAAGUGCCAUUUGAAGUUCUAGUUCGUAGACAGAUAGCUCGUUUAUUGGACCCUAGUCUUCAGUGUGCUAGAUUCAUUUAUGAUGAGCUGAUAAAGGUGCGCUGCUUAUAUUUUCUGGACAUGAGAAGUCUUAACCAUAUCUGGAGACUAAUUCUGGUUAUUUUCUCUCUUCAGAUGAGCCACCGCUGCAUAAUCCAUGAAUUGCAACGCUUUCCUGUUCUUAGAAAGCGUAUGGAUGAGGUCACAGGGAACUUUUUACGGGAAGGCCUUGAACCCUCUGAAACAAUGAUUGGUCACAUCAUUGAGAUGGAGAUGGAUUACAUAAAUACAUCCCAUCCAAAUUUUAUUGGUGGUAGUAAAGCUGUGGAAACAGCAUUGCAACAGAUAAAGUCCUCUAGGAUAUCUGCCCCUAAUCCAAGACAGAAGGAUGUUGUAGAUUCAGAGAAAGCACCAACAUCAGAAAGAAGUCUAAAAUCACGUGCUAUUCUUGCUAGGCCGGUGAAUGGAUUUGUACCCGAACAGAGUGUUCGCUCUGCUGCAGAUGUCGAGAAAACUGGAAAUUCUGGACCUACUACAACAGGUUCAAGCUGGGGAAUAUCCUCUAUUUUUGGUGGAUCUGACAAUCGCUCAUCUGCUAAAGAGAACGCCAACAAGCACUUUAAUGAACCUGUUCAGAGCAUGGACCAUGCCUUUGACCAUGCCUUUUCAAUGAUUCAUCUAAGAGAGCCACCAACAGUGCUAAGGCCAUCUGAAACCCAUUCAGAUCAGGAGGCAAUUGAGAUUACAGUAACAAAGCUGUUGCUGAGGUCCUACUAUGAUAUUGUUAGAAAGAAUAUUGAAGAUUCUGUACCCAAAGCAAUCAUGCAUUUUCUGGUAAACCACACCAAACGAGAGCUGCACAAUGUGUUCAUCAAAAAGCUUUACAGAGACAAUUUAUUCGAAGAGAUGUUGCAGGAACCGGAUGAGAUAGCCUUGAAGAGGAAACGUGCUCGAGAGACACUUCGUGUUCUUCAACAAGCUUUCCGAGUUUUGGAUGAGUUGCCUCUUGAAGCUGAUACAGUAGAGAGGGGCUACAGCUUAAGUACAGACACAACUGGUCUCCCAAAGAUCCAUGGGCUGCCAUCAUCAUCCUUCUACACCACCAGCAGUGGUUCAACUGAUUCCUACACUGCUCCAAAAAAUCUCAAAUCCCGCAAGUCAUCUCAUUCUGGAGAGCUCCAUUCUCCAUUUUAUGGCAAUGCUGACUCUAAUGGAGGGGGGCGAAAUUAUCUUUAUCCUGCAGUUGAUGUAUAGGCUGAUUGCUGACAUGGUGGAUGGAAAGACAUUUGAUCACUGUCCAGCAGAUUGGAGGACAUCUAGGAUCAUGGCUUUCGGAUCUGGUGGAGAGCUAGUAUUCUUUUAUGAAGAAAAAGUUGAUAGUAAGGUUGACCAUUAUUUUGCCUACCCAUCUAUUUUUUCAUUUCCUUCCCAUAUAUAGUUUGUUUUAAGUGGUUAUCACAAGCUCCAGCAUAAAAGGUCUUAAAUAAAGGAGCCAUUGCUUCCAUCUUUGCUAGCAGUGGUGACCUUUUCGUUGCUGACAAUAUGCCUAAAUUUAUGGAAGUGUAUUUAGUUUCUUUACCGAGGUUAUGCAAUUUUGUUGGUCCUGCUCUCGUGUUCUUCACGAUCAUGACUGAGCAAGUUCUCGGAUGUGAUUUCAACCAUGUUUUGGAGGUUUGUGUACAGCAUAUAAAGUUUUGCUUUUUCUACUGGGAGAACAAAUGUAUCUCUAACUCGAUAUUAAUUCAUAUUUUGACACGGUAGUAUUCCUCCUGUUCAUGUAUGGCAUACUGUUAAAGCCUUUCAUAUCGAGAAUUUCUUGAUGUAA